GAGCGAGUGCGUCAGAGCACGGAAGUUGUCAUAAAGAGCUAAAAAGAGCUGCAGAGAGUGGCGCUGAUGUUAUAACUUGAAAGUAACCCCCUGUGCUCGCUUUUAGAGCGCCGAGCUGCGAGUGCUCUUCGGAUCCGAAGCUGAGUCCUCCCGCGGUUUGAGCUCGGAGCUGAAGCGGCGUCAUGGAGUGGUUUGGAGGCGGCGUGCUUCGACCUGAACAGGAGCGAGAGGAAAACACGCCCUGCGCGCGCACACACGAGCCCAGUGCGGAGAGCAUGGCGUCCCUGUGCCUGAGUCAGCAGCGCUGUGUGAAGGCCUCGAUCGCGUCGCAGUGGCAGCUGGCCGAGGCACAGAACCAGCUCUGUGGUUUGGAGCUGCACAGCUCAGAGUCUGUGGAGCAGGAGCGCGCCCGAACCCUGGCCUCCUCCGCAGAGCUCUCUCAGACCGAGCAGGAGUGGAGACAUAAAGAGACCAUGCUGGGACGGAGCCCCACUCUGUGCCCGGAGGCCAGCCGAGAUGUGUUUGACAAGAGUAUAAUAAACAGUUCACAGUCUUGGCCUAAUGAAUCCGAUCAUGACAAGAGCAUAAGCUUCAUCCAGCGUAAUGAAGAACUCCUGAAACAUUUUGGUAUGUUGAGGAGGUGGGAUGAUAGUCAGCGCUUUCUAGCAGAGUACCACCAUCUCAUCUGUGAAGAAACGGCCAAUUAUCUGAUCCUGUGGUGCUUCCGUCUGCAGGCAGAGCAGAAAGAGGCCUUAAUGGAGCAGGUGGCUCAUCAGGCAGUCGUCAUGCAGUUUAUUCUGGAAAUGGCCCGCAACUCUCAACAAGACCCACGAGGCUGUUUCCGUCAGUUCUUUCAGAAAGCCAAAGCAGGGCAGGAGGGAUACUUGGACGUCUUCCACACAGAACUCAUCGCCUUUAAGCAGAGAGUUAAAGAGUAUACCAUGAAAUCAAAAGGAGAAACCCCAAAGGAUACAGUGCACCAAAACACACCACCAGGCUGUCGCCUCGACCCCAAGGAGGUGUUGGAGUCUUUGCCACCGGACCUGAAGGCAUGCAUCCAAAUGCAAGAUAUGCAGAUUCUUCAGAAGGUGCUGAGCAGCAUGAACCCGCAGGUGGCAGAAUACCACGUGAAGCGCUGUUUGGAGGCAGGACUUUGGACGAAUAUACCACGAGCCUCCAAAGAAGAGAGUUCAGAAACGGACGAGUGGAGAAUGAUGGAGAGCUAGCAGACGAAACCUCACUAGGAAAACAGCUUUGGGUCGCAGGACAGGAAAAACAAGGGCUGUGCUCAGAGACUUUUAUUUUGUAUCCGUGCCUGAAUGUGUGCUGCACUUUAUAUUUGUUUAAAAGAGAAAGUAUUUUAAAAGAGGUAGGGAACUGUAUUUUGAGGCACUUAUAUUUUUGUGCACAUUUUGUUACACGUGUGUUGCUAACUUUUUCUUCUGUUUUAUCAUUUCAAAAAAAGUUUAGGAAGGUGGUACAUGCAGUAGUGGAAAGAAAAACUUCAUAGUCAUCUUUUUUUCCCCAUAAAUUGGUCAAGCUUUUGUCUCAUGUUUUUUUUUUUUGUUGUUGUUUUUUUUUUCAUAUCUCCACCUUUGGAUUUUUAAUCUACAACGUCCACUGAACAUUCAGACUCCAGCUGCUAUCAGGGAACUGUUUCAUGUGUCGUCUGAGCAUGCACACGGCAGAUAACAGUCAGCUUCCUGCAGACAGACAACAAGGCGAAGCAGGAUCUCCCAUUCUGCUAUCUUCACGAUGGAAACAAGACCUUUGCAAAAAGUAAAUUGUAGGUCCAGUAGUAUGGCAUGAAAGCCAGCAAUAUAGUGUUGUUACCUACAAUUAUAAUGAAAGAGAUUCACAUUCACUAUCACAAUGAAAACAGGGUGCUAGAUGCAUUGGGCUUUUGUGUUUGAUAUGAUGUCAAAAGCAACACAUAGCAUACAUUUAAGGGAUAUUUCACCCAAAAAUCAUUAUUUCUCAAUCUCAUGUUAUUGCAAUUCUGUGUGACUUUAUUUAUUUCUUAUGUUUAACACAAAAAUGUUUUACUCGUACAGUAACAGUCAGUGGUGUCCAAUCAGUGUUGUUUUGGACGCCAUUGACUUUCAUUAUAUGGUCAAAAACAAGAAACAUUCUUCUAAAUAUCUCUUCUUGCAUUUUCCACGGAAGAAAGAAAGUCAUACAUGUUUGUGACAGCAUUAGUGCGAGUAAAUGAUGAGUUUUCAUUUUUUGGUGAACUAUCCCUACAAAUAAGACUUUGAAGAAAUGCCAUUUUGCCUCUCCAUUAAACUGACUGAGAUUAAUUGCAGUAAUUGCGUUGAAACCGCAGAUGCUGUUUGUUUAUCGCAUCCGGCUAGUUUGCGUUGCUUGUACUGCACAAAGAACAUGCGGCAAACCACGAUUUGUGUAACAUUAACAGAAGGCUGUGAUGACAUUGUGCAAGUCUUUACAAUCAGAUCAAAAUCCUCAAUUAAAUCUUUAGACCCACAGUAUCGCUGACUGCUUGAAAUGUUUUAUUUUGCAGUUCAUUAUUAAUAAAAUAACAUCUUAGCAUUUUAUAAAUGUGUUGGCUAGCUCUCUGUACUUGCAGGCAAUAAACUGGCUCAAAACAUACUGUUUUUGAUUGACAAAGCAGGGCUGAAAGCAUGAACGUAGGAUCUAAUGUAUGAUACAUGAUUUUUUGCAUGUCCACUCAACAAAAGGGACAUAAGGCAUCGGUCAUCAAAUUUAAUGAUUAAAUAUUAAACUUAAUAUAUGUGAAGGUGUUGUAAAAACACGAAUGUGAGAGUGAUUGAGAAAAUAUUGAAUUGUUCUUAGAGAUUACAAAAAUAUAAUGUGAACAGUGUUAUUAUAUAUAAAAUCUACAGCUGUUCAUAUGAUUUACUACCAAAAGAAAAACUAGAAAGAGUCGAGCUUCACUGUGUUUAUUGUUUCAAAGAACUUGAAGGAAGCUCAUGACCUGCUUUCUGAAAUGCCAUGCAUUUCACUUAUUUUAUCCAUAUUCAAGAGCAGGGUUUUCUGUCUCUACGAUUUAUACAGUAAUUCGCAAACUACCAUAAAAUAAAUGAAUGAAUGAACACUUCCGUUUGUGGCCUUCAUAACCACAGUUUAUCAAAACAAAAGGACUUCUGAAAACAUU